AUGCCUGAUUUGGUCGAAAAUGAAUUCAAUCGAGAUAAAUUAAGAAGAAGAAAAUCAGAUUCCAACCUGCUCACACAGAGCAUUAAUAGCAACAAAAGAGAAAGACUAUCUCAGCAACCAUUUUCGUUCAAAAGACAACUCUCUCAUUUGAAUGAAACUGAUAAACCAGCAGACACCUUUUAUGAUGCACUCGAAAUCAAGUUUCAUCACUCAGUAGGGUCAAUGAGUAUAAGUCCUGCUUCGAGAGACGUUGUAUUAGCAGGACGACAGGGUUUAGUCAUUAUUGAUCUUGAAGAUCCAUGGCUCAUUCCAAGAAUUGUUCCUCACAUGUCCAAGUGGGAAGUAGCUGAUGUUCAAUGGAGCCCGCAUAUGGCUCGAGAAUCAUGGAUUGCUUCAACCUCUAAUCAAAAGCUACUGGUUUGGAACUUGAACUACACAGGCACAAGAGCGAUUGAACACGUAUUUCAUGCACAUGUUAGAGCUAUUUCCGAUAUCAACUGGUCCCUCCAUCACCCAGACAUUCUUGCUACAUGCUCGGUAGAUACCUAUGUUCACCUAUGGGAUCUACGAGAACCGUUAAAAGAUCAAGAAGAGGAUGCGGAUAGACAUAUGCGACCAAGUCAUUCAUUUACUCCAUGGAACGCUGCUGCAACACAGGUCAAAUUUAAUAGAAAGAAUGAAUAUCUCAUUGCCUCUGCUCAUGACAAAGACGUCAAGAUUUGGGAUAUCAGAAAAGGUGCUCUUCCAGUGACAAGCAUUACUGCUCACUCAAAAAAGAUUUAUGGUAUUGAUUGGAGUCGACAAAAUGAUCACGAUAUUGUUACUUGUAGUCUUGACAAACUAGUCAAGUUCUGGGACAUUAAUCAUCCAACCACCGAACAAGAAACUAUCGUGACCGACACACCUAUUUGGAGAGCGAGAAAUACACCAUUUGGCAACGGUGUGUUAAUCAUGCCUCAGGGUAACGACUCAAAAUUGACAUUAUACAACAGAGCCUCACCCGAGGUCCCUGUACAUGCAUUUGAGGGUCACCAAGACACAGUUAAAGAAUUCGUGUGGCGAUGGAAAGGUGAUAUGAACGGACCAGACGGCGAUGAUCGUGAAUUUCAACUGGUCACUUGGUCCAAGGACCAAAACUUGAGACUUUGGCCUGUCUCGCCCGAAGUAAUGAAAUCCGUUGGACAUGAGCCCAGCCGGAUUAAGACCAAGUUGUCUGCACCCUCCAUCGCGUUCGGCGACAAGAAAUCCACGCGAACCUUUCGUCAGGAACCUGAUGAAAGCAAAGACAUGAAAACAAGGUCGAUAACCGGCGCUGCUGCCACACGACUGACGUCAAUGACACCCUUUCGCUCGGUUGCUCAGCACUCGACCGCAGAGCAAAACUAUAAAGAACAGAAAUACUCGGCCAUCAAUCCACUCUUGUGGAUGCAGAAUGUCAAGACUGUCGGUCCCACAGGAGAGAUACGACGUGAUGCAGCAGCAGAGCAUUCGUAUCAGUCUGUGGCGGACGAGAUGUCGACUGUCUUAAACAAGUACUUGCCUGUAGGCGUCAAGACUGAAAAGAUCAAUGCGGCGUCUCGUACGUGUACUAUUUCCCUACAUGGCCCAUGGUCCGAUACAGGCGAUGCACUCUUGCGUAUAACCAUCCGGUUCAGUCCCCAAUACCCCGAUAACAGUCCUCCUGAGUUUGACAUUCAUAAAAACAGCAUGAUAUCUAUUUAUUACCGUGCUCACAUGACUCAGGACCUGAUUGCUUUAGCAUCAAACUACACGUCUCAGAAAAAGUGGUGUCUAGAGCCUUGUAUACGGUAUCUGCUUGGUGAAAACGUUCAAGAGUCCGAAUAUGGUAUCGAUCAUCACUCUAUAGAUUCAGCCAUAAAUAACAACAAUGCCAGUCCUGGACACUGGAAGGGCGCAGCUAUCGACAUUGGAGACUCGGAUGAUGAGCUCGGACAAGGAUGGGACGCGAUGGGUGAUGAUUUUAGAUUUGGUAAGCGAGUGAGUAUGACGAGUGAACGAGGCGUUAUGGUAGACAUGUCGACGAAACAAAGUACGGAUGAAAAAGUCCCCUUUCCACGUUUAUGUGGUGGUGUGUUCUCAGGCAGUGGACAACUGAUAUGUUUCUUUUCUACCUUACGUGUGAGAGAUACAAACCGCUCCGGGAACUCAAACGCAAAGAAUGAGAAUAACCUUCAGCAGGACAACCAGUCACAUCAGAGUGGCAGAAGCAAUAGUGAAUACUUUGAAAAUACAUAUAGUGACUUUUAUCGACACCCAAGAACGUACGAACAGUUUGAAGAAUAUAAAGAAAUUGCUGCCAUGUCACGACAGGGUAAGAAUGCUACUGUACUCGUUGGAGGUAACGGUGGAGCAUUUGGUGAAUAUACUUAUGACGACGAGCAAGAUGAUAUGGAUGAUGAUCUAAACACCGUCAACAGCAGCAGUUUGAUGCAUUAUAAUACAGGAUCCAUGGCAAUGAACAGUGCGUUAGAUAGUAGCGAUAGCCUUUUGUACCAUGGAUCCAAAGCGGAUAGAAUCAGCCAUACUGUAAUGAUUGUAGACUUUUCAGAUAAAAUGCCAUACAGUCCUUGGCUUGCUAAAGAAUAUAUUUUAUCUUCUAAAGACCCAGUGGGAUCAUGUAUACACAACGCUAAAAUAUGUCAAAAGCAUGGACGACUUGAUCUUUAUAAAAUAUGGUACCUUGCUGUUGAAAUUCUUCGAGACUGUGUCCCUGAAGGUCUAGCUGAGCCUGAACGUCUUAUGCAAGAAGGCCCACAGUCACUGCCAGAUGAUAAAAAGAACAAGUUAAUAUUUAUUGAUGAUGAUACUGGACAAGAGAUGAAGCUGCCAGAAAUUAGAGCAAAAUAUGACCAUGAACCUUUGGAUUCACUAGUAGCAGCAAUAUCAACCACCAUGAAACGAGUGAAAUGGGGAAUGCACCCAUUUGGACAAAAGCUGGUUUAUAAUCUUAUACAACACUUUAUUCAAAUUGGAGAUAUUCAAACCGCUGCCAUGUUAUCAUGCAUCUUCCAAUUGUCAGCGAGUAAACCAUCCACUGCGACCAUCCUUACACACAAGCCUUCAUUGUAUUCAGAAAGAACACCCGAAGCUGUCGAACUGGACUAUUUCUCACUGAAAGCAAACCAUAAGAGCCCUUUUGAGUUUCGUGCGAAUUCAGGCCCGAAUUCAGAAGUGGCAGAAAAGAUAUAUAUAGCACCAUUUAGCUCGUCGUACGGAAAUAAAACAAGCACUUUCCUUUCCUUUCUGCUAGAAACAGAAAACAGAAGACUAUCGCCUACUAUAGACAGGAUAACAGAUACCCCUAACGACAUAGCUAUGCCCAAAAGAACGUCAAGCACACGCCUGAGUAAAUCACGAACGACGACAACGGCAAGCUAUACAAAAAAGCUAAAGAUACCAAGCAACACAGCGCCUGGCGCACGUCACACCUUAUCUCAGAGCCUAGGAUCGCACUAUUCAUCUACCUCUUCUGCACCAGCAACACCUUUACAGGAUAAAGAGGGCAAACUACUUCCUUCUUCAGCCACAACAGAAUUAAAGUUAGAGUACUCAAACUUGGAACAGUUUGACGGCGAGAAAUUUUUUGAUAGCUUCAAUCAGAUCCCACUGGUGGAUAACAAGAGUAUGGCACAGUUAGACGUGCUACGUCUUGGUUAUGCUGAUAUGCUCUACCGCUGGAACCUACUGGAACUACGAGCAGAGAUCUUAAAGUUUUUGCAUCACCAACCUUUUCCAGCUGAUUAUGAACUUGCUUCUCAGUAUGUCCAAGUAUCUUGUCAUUCGUGCGGCAUUGAGGUGUCAAAUCAUGACAAGUAUUGCCAUCAAUGCAGAAAGAUUCGUAAGGUGGUAAGAUGCAGCUACUGUCACGUCAUGGUGAAAGGCCUGAUCAACUUCUGUAUUCAUUGUGGACACGGAGGACACACGUAUCACAUGGAGGAUUGGUUUGUUACUAAUCAGCAAAUGUAUUGCAUGACGGGUUGCGGAUGCAAAUGCGCUUUAGACGCAUUUGAACUUAGAGCAUAG